GACUAGUUACUGUAAGGAUAUUACAAACCCGUGCGAAAGGUUGCUUUUGUGGGUGUAGCCCAGUGCAUCCACAAUCUCUUUUCACCUUUUUCAUACCUCCUUAUCCCGCAUUCCUCGUUUUCCGAUUCUUUUGGGAUGCCUUUGGAUUUCGUCGGGAAGCUUCAUCGGACGGUGUACAUCUGCAAUUGCGCGGAGGAGGAUCGCGAGGACCUUCUGCGGCUUCUUCUAAAGCGCUGUGGGUCGAUCGAGGCGUGGGAUGCGCUCGAUUCGGACCGCCUUGCCGUGAUUUUCGCCAAAAUGGACAGCCUCAGCAACGCGCUUUCCUUUCACGGGCUUUCUUUUAUUAAUUUGGAGACCCCGCUCGUGGUGUGGAAGGCGACGGAGGCGCCGCCGCCAGAGGCCUCCACGCAGCUCACCAUCACCUCCACCUCCUCGCCCGGCGGGGGCGAGUUGGGGUUGAUUCCUACGACUUCUAAUUUGGUUGAUAUCACUAAUAAUAAUGAAGAGGAGAAUGCGCGGAGGCAGGCUCGCCGUGAGGCUCGUCAGCAGCGUUUGGCGGCGAUUCAAAACACUUUUCAGGCGGAGGCGGCGCGGUGCGAUUACACCAACCCGGCCAUCCGCGCCGCGAAGCUGCGGGAGAUGAGUUUUCGCCAGCUCAAGGCGCUCUGCGUGCUCACCAAGGCCGAAAUUAACCAUAAACAAGAGGAGCUGGCCUCGCGAAGGAAUAAUUUGGUGAUGAUUGACUCCCUUUUGAAAUCAAUGACCUCUCCCAAGGUGAAAAGCUGA